AUGAGGGCUACAUCAACGGUCUCACGACCACAUUCAGAGAUCACAUUAGAUCCAGACAUGGGCACUGAACUCUGCUUCAGUGAAGACAACGAGCCAUAUUGGGAUGCCUGUCCUCCCCCACCUCCACCUGAUGGGUGGAAAUCUGAGUCUGAUGGUUCGAAAAUAGGCCCGAUGAAAACUAAGAAAGAAGCUGAAUCAUAUCUUCGUCGAGAGAUGAAGGAUCCCUAUAUCGCUCCUGCUCAACUUUCCAGCAAUGGCGAGGAUUCUACGAUGCCCAUGCCUAGUAUUUCCCAGCCUUGUGUAUUCUUCGAAAGGAUCCCUGUACCCCUUUCGGAUGAUCAGGAGAUAAAAGUUUAUAGAUGCUCGUAUGGUGUUGGAAGUAUUGUGAGAAGUGAUGAGUCAGAGAAGUCGGUCACUUCCCGAGCUCCUUCUGAUGCUUUACAUAGUGAAUGA